AUGGCACGAUUUACAAUCUCAACUUUACUCUUGAGCUCUUCGCUUUUGAGCUUUGCAGAUGCAAACACCAUUCAAAUGGGAAUCGUCAAAAAUAGUGCGAAUGAAGCAGCACAAUUACAAAAGCGCCAACAAUACCUUCAGCGUCGGGGUAUGGGAGAAGCAGUACGAGUUGAAGAAAGAGCAGAUACACUUACAGCCAAUUUGGGAAACGCCGUAACAAGUGGCCUAUAUUAUGCAAACGUCACAGUGGGAACACCGGCACAGCAAUUGAGUUUACAGAUCGAUACGGGUAGUUCUGAUAUUUGGGUACCGAGUUCAAGUGCUAGUAUCUGUGAUGAUACUAGAGAUGGAGGAUGUCCGGGUGGGAGUUUUGAUUCCUCUAGCUCCAAAACGUUUCUUGAUGUAGAGCAAGGCGCCUUUAAUAUUUCAUAUGUAGAUGGCACUGGAUCAUCCGGAGAUUAUUUCCAAGAUACCUUCUCCAUUGGAGGAGGAACAGUCAAAAGCUUCACAAUGGGUUUGGCUUUAGAUACUUCCAUCUCAAUUGGAAUUAUGGGUAUUGGAUACAAUAGUUCGGAAGCAAACAUUCAGACUGGGAAUGGCACCACGUACCCGAAUUUACCGAAUGCUCUUGUUUCUGCAGGGUUAAUCAAAACUAAUGCUUAUAGUUUGUGGUUGGAUGAUUUACAAGCAAGUACCGGCUCGAUACUAUUCGGCGGUAUUGAUACAUCAAAAUAUACUGGCGACUUAGUCUCAGUCAAUGUCUAUCCAAGCUCUCGCGGUGGAUCUGUAACAUCCUUCACUGUCGCUUGGACUUCCCUCGCCGUCCAAUCCUCAUCUGGAACUGACCAAUUGACUCCGGCCAAUUUCGCUCAACCAGCCAUCCUCGAUUCUGGAACCACCAUCACCCUUCUCCCCGAUGAAAUAGCCGCUGUCGUCUUUGAAGAACUCGGAGCAACAGUCUCACAGCAGCUUGGUGCGGUAGUUGUUCCUUGUGCUCUUUCUACCAAGUCGGGAAGCAUAAAUUACGGAUUCGGAGGAGUGGAUGGACCUACCAUUAAGGUCGAUGUGUCACAACUCGUGUUACCUCUCACUACAAGUGAUGGACGUACACCAACUUAUAGCAAUGGUGCCCCAGCGUGUCAACUCGGUAUUCAAGCCGCCGGUUCAAACCCUACUCUUUUUGGGGAUACAUUCCUAAGAUCAGCAUACGCUGUCUACGACCUCGAAAAUAAUCGAAUUGGACUCGCGCAAACCGAUUUUAACGCCACAGGGUCCAAUAUUGUACCUUUUGCAAGCGCGGGUGCAGCGAUUCCAAGUGCAUCAAGUGCACCAAAUGAAGCGGCUGUUACACAAACAGCUUCUGGAAACCCAAGAAUUGGUGUAACAGCGACAGCGACUGGAACUGGUCAAGCAACUUACGAUCCUACUGCCACCGGAUUGAAUGCCGAGAAUGGUUUCACAUCAACGGCCUCAUCAACUAGCUCUUCGAAGAAAUCUGCAGGAGCAGUAGGUCCCGCACCGUUUGAAUGGACUAGAGUUUUCGUUGGUAGUUUCACUAUGAUAAUGGCUGGUGUUGGUGGUGGUAUCUUUGCUCUUUUGAUAUAG